AGAGGCUCCUACACCCUGGGCAGGGACAGCCAGACGGACGCCAAGUUCCGCAGGGUGGCCCGGAUCAUGGUGUGCGGGAAGACCUCGCUGGCCAAGGAGGUCUUUGGGGACACCUUGAACGAGAGCAGGGACCCGGACAGGCCCCCGGAGAGGUACACCUCCAGGUACUACCUCAAAUUCACCUUCCUGGAGCAGGCCUUUGACAAACUGGCCGAUGCCGGCUUCCACAUGGUGGCCUGCAACUCCACGGGCACGUGUGCCUUCGCCCACGACCAGACGGACGACAGGAUCUGGACCUCUUACACCGAAUAUGUUUUCUAUCGUGAGUGACACAACCAACCAACCCUCCACAAACCAAACACCAACCGUCCCUCUUUCCUCUCCCGUGCUGGCCGUUGCCUAGAAGGUAGACAUCCAUCCCCGAAUCCCGGCGUUCCCCCUUUGCCUCCUUUUGAGUUGGUUUUUGGGUUUUUUUCCCCCCCUCCUCCUUCCUCUACGUUGAACCUGCCCAGCUCUUCCUUGUAGCAGCCGCUGAGCACCAACCUUCUUCCCUCUCUCCGACUUCUGCAGUGCUCCCAACCCUCCCUGGAUGUGUGGACUUGGACACUGUCGCGUGGUUUGGGUGGGAGGGGGGGACACGGCGGACUGUGCUUUGUCUGGAAUUCCUGCGGCUGGAUGAGCUUGUGUUGGACGCUGAACUUGGCUCCCUGUCCAUCUGCAGCUGCUCGGGACUGUGCUGCACUCACUGGGUUUGACCUGCCAAGGGCCGUGGGUGAGGAAGAGUUGGGUUAAGGACACGGAGAAAGGUGGGAAGCAGAGCCAGGGAGGGGAGGGGGGGGUUGGGAAGAUGAAGCCUGGCAGGAUGUAUUGCCAUGAGCCCCUGUAAGCAGCUUAGCCUUUAGACUGGCAGCGCUUGGGGAGGGUAAAACCUCACCCCGUGUUUGCAGCUCUGAGCUGAAGCCUCGCUGCUGCUCUGGGAUGCC